ACGUGAUUGCACUGUUGCUGCUGCAUGCCGGGAGUAUUUCCUGCGUGAAGAUGGCGACGUCUCUCGGCUCGAACACGUACAACAGGCAGAACUGGGAAGACGCGGACUUUCCCAUUCUCUGUCAGACAUGCCUGGGUGAAAAUCCCUACAUCCGUAUGACCAAAGAAAAGUAUGGCAAAGAAUGCAAAAUCUGCGCCAGGCCCUUCACGGUGUUCCGAUGGUGCCCGGGAGUCCGAAUGCGCUUCAAGAAGACAGAGGUGUGUCAGACCUGCAGCAAGAUGAAGAACGUAUGUCAGACGUGCCUGCUGGACCUGGAGUACGGGCUGCCCAUCCAAGUCCGCGACACGGGGCUCUCCGUCAAAGACGAUAUGCCCAGAUCGGACGUCAACAAGGAGUACUACACACAGAGCAUGGAGAGAGAGAUCCUGAACUCGGACGGAACGCGGCCCGUGGGUCAGCUGGGCAAGGUGCCCAGCUCUAGUGACAUGCUGCUGAAGCUGGCCCGCACCACGCCGUACUACAAGAGGAACCGGCCGCACAUCUGCUCCUUCUGGGUGAAGGGCGAGUGCAAGAGGGGCGAGGAGUGUCCCUACAGGCAUGAGAAGCCGACCGAUCCAGACGACCCGCUGGCUGACCAGAACAUCAAGGACCGCUACUACGGCAUCAACGAUCCGGUGGCAGACAAACUGCUGAAACAGGCGUCCUCUAUGCCACGGCUGGACCCCCCCGAGGACAAGACCAUCACCACGCUUUACGUGGGGGGGCUGGGGGACACUGUCACCGAGGCUGACCUCAGGAACCACUUCUACCAGUUCGGCGAGAUCCGCACCACAACGGUCGUGCAGAGGCAGCAGUGUGCCUUCAUCCAGUUCGCCACGCGGCAGUCGGCCGAGGUUGCCGCCGAGAAGUCCUUCAACAAGCUCAUCGUCAACGGGCGCCGCCUUACAGUCAAGUGGGGCAGGUCCCAGGCCGCACGGGGCAGAGAGAGGGACGGAGUGGGAGAGGCAGGGCUGAAGCUGGAGCCGGUUCCUGGCCUCCCAGGAGCUCUGCCCCCCCCUCCAGCAGAAGAGGAAUCCUCGGCCAACUACUUCAACCUGAGCCCCAGCGUGUCUCCCGCCAUCCUGAGCGUCGCCAUUCCGCCUCCUCCUGGCAUAGUGCCCCCCCCACCCGCAGGUUUUGGACCAGCCAUUUUCCACAUGGGCUCUCCCCCUCCCCCGCCCAUGUCCAUGAGACCUCCGGGGCAGCUGCACUAUCCUUCCCAGGAUCCUCAGCGCAUGGGCGCCCAUGCCGGCCGGCACGAUGGCUCCUAAUUUGCCUUUUUAAAAUGAAUUUUUACCCAAUAAUAGACGUGACGUAAGAGGAGAGAUAUUCGGUGCCGUUGUGAGCUGAGUUGUUGUCAUUUCGGUGACUUGAGGCAUUGACGGCGCAAGUUUAGCAGGAAAUGAAGGAAUCUGAUGUGCUUUGAGGUGGUUUGGUGUGCUUGGACCUCACAGGGCACGGAAGAUCCCCUCUGCUUUUCAAGAAGUGCGGUUGAUUCUUAUGUAAAUAUUUCCUUUUGCUACUCACGAUGUGUAUAUGGACGCUGGUGUAUUUCCGGGUGUGACCCCAGCCUUCGUUUAAGUCGCAGGCUGUUUCCUGACUUGUGUUGUUUGUAUGCCUGCUGUCACGCAUCCUGCCGGACCGGUGAAAACCAGUCACGCGGCGCCGCUCAUAAGAAUCACGCCACGUCACUCUGCAUUGCCUUAAGAAUUGUGAAAUGCUUCUUUUCAUUAAACCAUCUCAACGUUA